CCGGAUAUCAGAGAUCUUCAACCUCAACAAGACGAUCAUGGCCAGCGAACUUCCUCAGCCUGGCUCUGGCCUCAGCUCUGACCUGAGGGUGGUGCUGGUUGGUCAGGAAAGAGUGGGGAAGAGCGCAGCAGGAAACACCAUCCUGGGAAGGGAGGAGUUUGUCUCUGGCUUGAGUUUCAAAGCGCUGACGCUGAAAAGUGAGAGGAGAGGAGGUGAUGUGUUGGGCCGCAGAGUCGCCAUGGUUGACACCCCUGGGCUCUUCAGCAGCCAGCUCUCUGAAGAGGAAGUGAAGGCCCAGCUGGAAGAAGCCCUGCGGCUUGUGGAGAGUUCUGCUGUUCCUUGUGGGAGGGAUAUUCAGAAUAUUAAGUUGGUCUAUCAGGGCAUCAUCAGGCGAAAGGGAGAGAGAAAGAUCUUCAACCUCAACAAGACGAUCAUGGCCAGCAAACUGUCUCAGCCUCAGAAACCACUAACAGAGAAACAAGAACUACGGAUUGUGCUCGUUGGGAAGACUGGAGUUGGGAAAAGUUCAACUGGAAACACCAUCUUGAGGAGAAAAGCUUUUUCCUCUAAGCUGUCCUUUUCUGCAGUGACAGAAAUUAAUAGAAAGGAAAAAGGAGAGUUUGAUGGCCAGCCUCUGGCUGUUAUUGAUACUCCAGGUCUGUUUCCCCCUGAAAAUAAACAGGGCCACGCUGACUGGCGUGACAAAACUAAACGAGAUGAGGUGCUGAAAGAGGUCAUAAGAUGCAUCUCACUUGCUGCUCCUGGUCCUCAUGUGUUCCUGGUUGUGCUCCAGCUGGACAGAUUCAUACCAGACGAACAGAAAACAGUGGAAAUCAUUCAGGCAAUCUUUGGCAAACAAGCAGAAAGUUAUACUAUGGUCCUGUUCACCCAUGGAGAUGAUCUGGAAGAUGAAGGAUGCUCUGUAGAAGAAAAAAUUGGUGAAAAGCAAAAUCUCAAAGACUUCAUCCAGAAAUGCCAUGGAGGAUAUCAUGUUUUCAACAACAGAAGCAAGGAUCCAUCUCAAGUCGCUGAGCUGCUGCAGAAGAUCAAAAAUAUGGUGCAGAGAAAUGGAGGAAGCCACUACACCAAUGAAAUGCUCCAAGAGGCUGAGGCAGCCAUAAGAGUAGAAAUGAUAAGACUCAUGAGAAAUGACCCCAAACUGACACAAGAAGAAGCAGGCGAUGCUGAUAAAUGCAUCAUACAGUGA